AUGGAGACUAAAUCAGAUGAACAGGCUGCGCCAGAAAAAACUAUUUUCAAUGCUAUAGCACAAGGAGACUUAGAUGAGUUCAAUAAUAUUUUGUCUCAUCACAAGGGCAGUGUUGAUUUGUUUGACGAAAAUGGCAUGACCGCUCUUCAGCAUGCAGCUUACAAGGGUAACAAGGAAAUGGUCCAACUCCUGCUUGAUAGGGGAGCCGAUGUAAACUCUGGUAAACAUGAGUAUAAUUACACAGCGUUACAUUUCGGAGCAUUGUCAGGAAACUCAGAUGUAUGUAGAUUAUUGUUAAAUGCUGGAGCUAAACCUACUGCAACUAAUUCUGUAGGACGUACAGCAUCACAGAUGGCGGCAUUUGUCGGAAAUCAUCAUACUGUAGCUACUAUUAAUAAUUUUGUGCCUUUAAGUGAAAUUUCUUACUAUUCUGUACCAAGGGGACAACAGACGGAACCUUAUCUGCCGCCAGUGUUAGUUGAACCUCUUCACAAGUUUGUUUUGGGAGUGAAUAUUCAUCCUGUGCGGUUAGCUCUUAAUAUACAGCAUACGCCUGUCCUUUUAGAAAAUGCCGAUAAGGCAAGUAAAGUACUAGAAAUGUUAUGCAAAAGAGAAAUGACAAGAGGAAGUGACACUAAUGAAGUAAUGGCGUUUAAAUAUCAUUACUUAUCAUAUGUUCUGAAAGAAAUACACAACAUAAGAGAUAAACAAAAAUCAAACACAGAUAAAGAGGAAAAGAAACAUGACCCAAUUGAAAUAUUUGCAAAGAAGCUUUUAAAACCAGGUAAAGAUGGUGUGUCAUUGGACCUAAUGGAUUCUUUCUUAAAAGAUUGUGUCAGAGAGUUCCCAUACAGAGAAUGUACAACAUUCCAUCAGAUGGUGACUGCAUUAACAAGUAAAGAUCCACCACCAGCUCUCUCGGUAAUUAAUUGCACAAUAAAUGGUCAGCGUGGAUUUGUUGAUGCAAUACCUUACUGCAGUACCUGCGGUGAAGAGAAACCUGCUAAGAAGUGUUCUAAAUGUAAAAUGGUACAAUAUUGUGACAGAGAAUGCCAACGUCUCCAUUGGUUUGUGCACAAAAAAGCAUGUAAUCGGGAGCCAGCUCCUCCUAUGACAACACCAAACAAUGCUAAAGCUAACAUAGAUGCUUCUGAAUUGACAUCUCAACUACAAAACCUUGUAACUGGAUAG